AUCACGAUAUCGGCGACGUAUUGUAGAUCAUGAUCAAGUUAACUUCCUGAUCAUUAACGGCAGCGGAUUAUUCCCGUAAUCAGUCGAGCAUAUUUUUCAUUCGCGCACCGGAAUCUGAUUCAGUAUGUUUCCGAUCCUAAGAGGAAUCUGUUUUAGUAUGAUUCCAAUCCUAAGAGAAAUUGUUAAUUAUUUUAUAACACUGUUGUUGCUUUGUACUGGUCUCGUUGCGCUUAUUGCAAUUUUGUCGGUAUUUGCAUUACGAAAAUAUGUGCUAAACAAGAAGCGUAUGUCCGGUGGCCAAGAACAUAUUAUUCGAAUUGGCAUUUUCCAUCCAUACUGUAAUACUGGCGCUGGUGUCGAACGAGUCAUGUGGUGUGCGAUCCGCGCUCUGCAAUUUAAAUAUGGCAGUAAAAUUCACAUCAGAGUUUAUACUGGCGAUACGAACGUGAACUCGCAGCAAAUUUUACGAAAUGCCGAAAGAAUGUUCAACAUUUUGGUUGACGAGAAAAAUGUCGAUUUUGUGUUCCUGAAGCAGCGGUAUCUGGUUGAAGAGCAUCGGGAUCCGUUUUUUAAUCUACUGGGACAAUGUUUAGGAUCAAUGGUCCUUGGAAUGGAGGCACUGUUACGGUAUCAGCCGGAUGUAUUUAUAGACACAAUGGGGUAUGCUUUCACAUACCCUAUUUUCCGGUACAUUGGUGGCUGCCGGGUUGGAUGCUACACUCAUUAUCCAGUGAUCAGCACUAAUAUGUUGAAACUUGAGCAUCAAAGUUGGUUUGCUUGGAUGAAGCUCUUUUAUUAUCGAAUGUUUGCAAAGAUUUAUGGUUGUGUAGGUCGCUCAGCUCAUACUGUAAUGGUCAUUUCAUCGUGGACGGAGAAGUAUAUUACAGAUUUAUGGAAUGUUCGAACGCACCGCGUUUAUCCACCGGGUGAUGUGGCUAGUCUCAAAAAGUUGAAGCACAUUGAUUCAGAUCAAAUCGUUAUCAUAUCAGUUGGUCAAUUUCGACCGGAAAAAGAUCAUCCGCUUCAAUUACAGGCAAUGUGUGAACUGCGAACUAAACUGCAAAACAAUCAACCACUGUGGGAAAAGGUAAAAUUGGUGAUCAUCGGAUCAUGUCGCGAUAAAGACGAUGAAGAACGAAAAAGAUAUUUGGAAGACUUAACCAAGCAGUUAUCAUUAGAUCAAUCCGUAGAAAUCAAAGCGAACGUUUCCUAUGGAGAUAUAAUGCAACACUUUCGAGUGGCAUCGAUUGGCUUAAACACAAUGUGUAAUGAACAUUUUGGCAUUGGUGUUGUUGAUAUGCUCGCGGCUGGACUCAUUACCGUUGCAAAUAGAUCUGGUGGCCCAAUGAUGGAUAUUAUUGAAACGUCUGAAGACAGUCGAACUGGAUAUCUAGCUGUUGGGGCAAUAGAUUACGCAAACUGUAUCGAGAAAAUUCUGUAUAGCACCAAAGAGGAGAACGAAACCAUUCGAAAUGCGGCCAGAGCUUCAUGCGAUCGUUUCACCGAAGAAGAAUUUCAAAGUAAUUUCCUUCGUGCAGUUACGCCAUUGUUUGAUGAAUAAAUUCGAAUCGUAAAGUGAUAAAGCGACGUCGUAAAAUACGUUAAUUCUAUUAAUUUAGUAACACUAUUUGUAUAAAAAUGCAAAUAAACCAGGCAUCCAUAACGUUAUAACCGAAAUCGAUUUCGUUACAAGAAAAACGAAAUUCGAAUCGUAAAGUGAUAAAGCGACGUCGUAAAAUACGUUAAUUCUAUUAAUUUAGUAACACUAUUUGUAUAAAAAUGCAAAUAAACCAGGCAUCCAUAACGUUAUAACCGAAAUCGAUUU